AUGGUUCUUGCGUUUACAAAAUUAAACAGCAUUAUUAUUCAGAAAUCCACAAAGGAGAAUCAGUGGAAAGUAUCUAUAACAACAGCAACACCUUCAUUGAGCAGUUUUAAUUUAACAUUGUUAACUCUUCUACAACUUAUCAGUAGUACACAUUCUGUGGCAACAACCGUAGCUCCAACAUUUACUCAAAGAAAAUUAUUUGUUAAUGAAACAUCAUGGCCGACAGCAACCAACGUUUGCAUAUCACAAGUAAUCGAUCAAAGGUUAAUCUAUUAUUCGUUACCCUACCGUAUUCUGGCCGGUCUAUUAAUUGUACCCAUAGUAAUUUGUGCCAUCGGUGGAAAUAUACUUGUAAUCUAUGUCAUUAAACAUUUUCGAUCAUUAAGAAUAACGGGUAAUGUAUUUUUGGCAUCUUUGGCAUUUGCUGAUGUUGGUGUUAGUACAACGGCUAUGACAUUCUAUGGUUUACAGUUGCUAACGGGUAAAUGGUUAUUAGGUGCAUUUAUGUGUCGUCUAUGGUUCUCGUGCGAUGUCCUAUUUUCAACGGCAUCCAUUAAUCAUUUAACAUGUAUAUCGUUAGAUCGUUAUUUGUCAAUUGUAAGACCAUUUGAACAUGAACGACGUUCAAGUGAAAGACGACGUUAUUUAAUGAUUGCUUUAUGUUGGAUAUUAUCGUGUUUACUAUCGUUUAUACCUAUAUUUACGGGUAUUUAUACAUCACGUAAACAAAUACACGAAAUCAAUUGUCUAAAUGAAGUGACUGGACGAUGCUUAUUUAUUGUUAACCAAAUUUAUGCUAUUGUUUCGUCGUGUGUCUCAUUUUGGGUACCCGGUGCUGUAAUGGUAGCCAUGUACGUCAUGCUGAUAAGAAUUGCUGAUGCGAAAGAACGUGAAGUGUUCCACAUGAAUGUUGCCCAUAGACAACGAGCAUCCAACGCAAACGCUAUCACAUUUAUGAGGCGUUUAAGUGACGAUCAUAAUGCAGGUGUACGUUCAAGUCUUAUUGAUAUUCAAACACCGCGAAAUCAAUUAGAAACGAACAGCAAUAAUAAUCAUACUACGAAUGAUCGUCCCAUUGUUCAUAAGGAAUCAACGUCACAAAAUAUGAGACAUCAACAACAACAAAGAGACAAAGAUUCUGGUCGCGGUACAUCAAAUGGUGAACGUCGAUCCAUUGAUAUUGAUGGUAGCAUUUUGGAGCCAAGAAAUAGUCAAGUGCAACAUUUGAAGCGUGAACGUCGUGCAGUAAAGACAUUGGGUGCAAUUAUGAUUGCAUUUAUUGUUUGUUGGUUACCAUUUUUUAUACGCUAUUCAGCAUGUGAACCAAAUCACUGUCGAUGGAAAUAUAUGCCAAUCGUUGAAGACCUCGUAUUUUGGAUUGGCUAUUUUAACUCAUGUAUUAAUCCGUUUCUCUAUGCAUUUCAUAAUAAAGAUUUUCGAUUUGCAUUUCGGAAAACAUUAAAACCACUAUUUUCAUUUUGUUUUGCAUGCUGCAGUGAAAGACGUCACAGCAUAAACAGUGUAACUUGAAUAGCGAUUGUUGCGAAAAGCGGUGGUGGUUAUGCUACUGAUAGUUCUUUUCUAUGAAAAAAGAAAAAUGUUAAAAAUAAUUUAUUAACAAAUCAUGCACAUUCAAACAGUAAUUCAAAUAAUUUGAACGGUGCUGGGGAAAAUAGUAUUUCAUCCAAAUGGAAUUUUUGUAUGUUGUUGUUCUUGUUUUAUAAUUGCAAUGUUUAGUGCCUUUUAUUGUAUUUUCGCUUUUUAAAAUCAAAACUGUGAUUUCUCUUGAUCGAAAACUGUUUAAAUGUCCUAAAUUUUGUACGUGUUUUUAUGUUACUCUGUUUUUAUCUCGUAACUUUUGUUGCUUGAAGCCCGGUGAAUAAUUAUUAUUUUUUCAGAAAAAGAUAAACUGUACAAAAAUAAAAUAAAUUAGCUUUAGUAUGCUUCCAUGACAGUUCAUAAAGCUGAUUCAAAAGAUUUGUUUUAUUAUGAAUAUAAGGUAGAAAACCAUUUACGCACUUGCGAGAUCUACAUCCUUGAAAUAGAAUUGAAAUAUAGAUUAUUCAGUUAACAAUGAUUAAAACGCGUGGAAAAUGCUGCCUCCAGUCAUCUGCGUCUAUCACUCUAAGACAUAUUAUCGGUCCUUGCAUACUAUGUUGCAACCCCCCAAUGUAAAUAACGGAUUUUAUUUAUGAUGGUCAAUUUUCAAAUUAUUUUUUCUUGGGAUAUGGACAAAUAGAACACCAUAUUGUUUUGCUUCCUUAAUAUUCCUUUCAGUA